AUGACGACUCCAUUCCCGAAUAUCAUCAUUAUCGGCGGCGGCAUUUGCGGUCUCGCCUCCGCAAUAUCGAUUGCGCAGGCCUUCUCCUCACACGAGGCCAACCCACAAAUCACCAUCUACGAGCUUCGCGACGCUCCCAGCACAUUCGGCGGUCCGGUCAAUCUUACGCCGAAAGCCGUACGCUGCCUCGACAAGCUGGGCGUGUUCGACGAGUUGAAAGCCAUGAGGGCGGGCUGUGAGGUUGACUCGAUCGAAAUCAUCUCCAUGCGUACGGGCGGGCAACUUUCUGUGAUAGACUAUGCGGGGCCGGAUAGACGGGGGCUUGGGGGGUAUAAAGGAUGGAGGGUGAUGCGAUAUGAGCUUCUCUGUGCGAUGCUGAGGGUGGCGGAGCGGCUGCCCACGGUGGCUAUUCGGUAUGGGAAGAAAUUGACUCGUGUUGAGGAAUUACCCGACAAGGUCCAUGUUUACUUCGAAGAUGGGGGGAUGGAGACCGGCGAUGUUGUGCUGGGCUGUGAUGGGAUCCAUUCGUCUGUGAGGAGUCUUGUGGUGGAGGCUGACCGGAAGCCAUAUUACUCGGGAUGGGCAGCAGCGUACGGGUUUGCAAAGGGGACAGCAGUGUUUGGUGAGGACGAAAAGCCGUUCUUCACAGAUACUGCGCUGGUGAUGUCUAGGUAUGGGUCCGCUUUGACGACAUUCUGUGACCAUGACCGAAGCAUGAUCUAUGCCGUUCUCUUGAUGGAGAUGGAGGAACAGGGGUCUCGAGAGGGGUGGAAGUCCAUUGGCAAGGAUCAAGAGAGGGUACGAAAUGAAGGGGCAAGGAGGACACAGCAGUCACCUAUCCCGAAGAUCGGGCAAUUGAUCGAGAAGGUCGAGGAUUGGACGCUUUACCCGAUUUACGUUCUACCUCCACACGGCCGAUGGUCUACGGAUCGCAUCUUAUUACUGGGAGAUGCAGCUCAUGCGGUGUGCCUCUUCUCCUGUCUUUUGGCCCCGGGACCUUGUACUUAUUUGAUUCUACAGAUGCCGCCCAAGGGGGAAAGUAUUGGCCAUGCUUUAGAGGAUGCAGUCAAGUUCUCACUCAUACUCGCUCGCUUUCAUCGUGAACCGCCAAAGGCCGCGUUCGACUUUUUCGAAAAUCUCCAACGCAAGAAGACCGAAGAUAUGUACAAGGUCGCAUCGACCGGUUGGAUGUCCAACCGCGAUAUAGGCGCUAUUGGGAGUAGGCUCCUGGAAUGGUUUACGCCACUGUUCUUGUGGUGGACAAGGGAAAGCUCGGAGAAGGAUCUACUUGCCGACCCAACCGAUAUUCCGUUCCCCAGUACAUAA